GUUACGUGUCAAAACACAUCUGUUUAUAAUUUUUUUACUAAUAUAAAAGACUGAAUAUGGAUGAAAUUGAAUAUAAACUAAAAACAAACAAUAGUGUUUUAAUCGUUAAUGCCAUAGACAAAUUAAUUUCCACCAUAAAAUCUAAAUAUCAGCCGGCUGAAAAACAAAAGUUCGCGUUAGAGAAUGAAGAACUUAAAUUUCUGAGAGAAAAAUGUUCUUCGGAGAAUACUCUUGUCAGUCUUACUGCAUACCAGGGUCUACUAGCUCUGGUGGAGUUUGGAGUGUUAGAAAUUGGGCAUACUAUGUCUACAGUUAUAACAUUACUUCCAACCGCACACAACUACUCUGCCACGAUAUCAACAAUGGCUGGUCUGUUAAUUCUCGACUUACGGUCGCGUCUUAUCCCCGGUCAACCAUAUAAAUGUCAGUUCUCAUUGAGGUCUCCAGUGCAUCCCCUCAUAUCUGUGCUAGAGAAAAAUAAAGAUGCUGAAGAUGAUGUUCUUGCACAAAUGCAUGCAUUAUGCACACACCCUGAUUACAAGAUAUCAUCAAAUAGCUUAGAACUUCUCCGUUCUGUGUUCUUCUGGCUGAUGUGCAAUCCUCAGCAGAAGAGUGCAAGCAUCAGGCCAUGGCAAAUGUUACUCAGCUUGCCACAGACAACUGCUCAGACCUCAAUUCUACUUGACUGCAUCUCCUGUCAACAGAUUUGCAAUCCAGCGUUGUUGGAGCGUGCGUUCGCGGCGUACAGUGCUGUAACAGACACAUUCAUAUACCAGCAGAGACGGGACUAUGUGAUGGCUUUGCUGCCAUUCCUCGCCAGGAUAUCUAAUGAAAUGCUCAAAAACGGGCGUGACCCCCGUGCGUGUUAUAGUCUGAUAGAGAGGUGCUUCGCCCUCGAGGCGCCCGUGCUGCGGACAGUCGCGGGCUUCACUGUCCUCCUUCUGGCUGACAACCUCACACAGAGCUCUGCCCUGUACCUACACGAACUGUUUAACUUGUGUUUAAAUAUAAUAAGUAAAUAUGAAUAUUCCGCGUUAAGUUUGAACGCAUUUGCCGCGUUAUCUUUACAGUGGCUCCAUCUGCCAUCUUAUUUGACAACGAAUGCAUUAAAAGUUGCUUCAAGUAUACUUGAUAUAUAUCGAGACACAAAUAAAGAAGACAGCGGUCUAUACAUGCCUAAUUUAAAGGCAAACAAAAUAUUCCAAACAUUAUUAUAUACAGAUGGAUAUCUUUAUAAAAUGUUUAAAGUCAUUGAAACGUGGGAACGAUUGAGAGAUGAUCCCAAAAAAUUGAUACAAUGGUUUAAUCAAUUAAUUAAAUCAAAUCAUAAUUUAAAAAUAGAUAUUUUACCUUUCUUUGUUGGUAUAAUAUUUGAAAAGAGGAAAGAGGAAUUUGACGCCGUUAUGUUAAUGGCAGUAGGGGUCAUAAUUGAACUUGUUAAUGUAAAAAAGGAUUUGUCUGUAACAGUAUUGCCUAUUUUAAUGUAUAUCAUAGCGAAUGACCCACGGCCAUCUGUUAAACUGGAAUGCUUGAAGGGUCUACCGUUAAUGGCUAUGUCAAAGGAAAAUGUGCCGCCAAUAGUGAAUGUUUUAAAUAAACUUAAAACAAACAAAAGUGUACCUACUUCUGUUGUCAUAAUGUUGUAUACAAUUCUGGCUGAAACACAGGUGCGUUGUUUCCCGUACCUCCAAGAGUUGAUGGUGGAGCAGCGCGCUGGCCGCCCUGAUGACCUCAAGUGGGAGAUCGACUUAGCUAAAGCACUCGCUGUUAAGCGCAUCUGUGAAAUGAGAGCGUCAAGUCACGGUCUAGAACUGGUAUCGGUGAUAUCUUCAAUACUGAACAAGUGCACAGACCGCAGCGGUGCGGCUGCCACAUCGAUGGCACUGUGCGCGCUGGCGGCGCUGUGGCGCGGCGCCGCGCUCGCCCCGCCCGGCACCUGGCGCGCACUCGAGCCCCGCCUCGCCAGGGACUCCCGACCUCUGGUCCAGAUCAGUUUAUGCAAGUUGUUGGAGGAGAUACCCGCGCUGCGUGUGUCAAGUCCGGAGUACGAGCGGCUGGUGUCGGACGCCUCGCGGUGGCUGUGGCGGCGUCUGGCGGAGGCGCAGCACCCUGACCUGGCGGAGGCUGCCUGCGACGCUCUCGCCGCAUUCAAACUGGAAGAUUUUAAACUCGCUGAUAUACCAGAGAUAUACAGAAGCACGGUGCGACUGCCUGCGUCUCACUGCAAGACCCCGGCUGAUGCUGCGAGGAAACCGGAAGAUGUUCUGGAAUACAUACCAUGCGAGGUGUGGAGCGAGGUGUUCAGAUGCAGCAGCGAGUGCGCGGUGCGGGGCGCGGGGCGGGUGGCGAGCGCGCUGGUGGGGGCGGAGGUGCGCGCUUACCGCGGGGGGCUCUACAACACGGAGGGGCGCGGGGAGCCGCACUCCUACGCCCAUCUGCUGCCCAGCAGCGUGCUCAGGGGUCUCAUGGAAUGCUUCAGGAAACAGGUCACAUCUCCCUCCUUCGAGUACUCGGACACUGUACUCCUGGCCAUCCUGGAGACCCUGACCGUGGAGUACUCGAAGCCGCUGCCCCCCCUGGACCUGUGCUUCUUGCACGAGGCGCUGCACCGCGGGCCCGCCUGGCGCGACCUCUGCUUCAAGCUGGCCGCCAGGCAGACGCCCGUCUCUCCCUCCGCACGAAGACUGUUUGAGAACUUUCUAGUCCUCGUGCAGCCGGGGAAGUGCAGUGAAGCCGACAUAAUGAUAGUAUUCAAGAACUUGUCCAUCUUAUGCCGCGGCAUGCCGCCCAACACGCUGCGCGGACCAAUAGAGCGCUGCCUCGGCGACUCCUUCUCCAAUAUGUGCAAGACUGCGGGAAAGGGAGAGGAGCCCCUGUUCGUCCGGCUGCUGUGGUGCAUGCGGGAUGCCCUGGCCUGUGACAAGAUACACGACGCCAACAGGACCUUGCUCUCGCAGAUCAUAGAGACGUACUUUAAUGUUAUACCUGACAAUGGCAUGGCGUGGCAUGCGUACCUGGAGUGCUGCGGGCAUUUGAGCAGCAAUUACCUGGAGCGCAUGACGUCACCGAGCGGGUGGUGGGAGGUGAGUGCGGACGCGUUGGUGCGCUCGUGUCGCGUGCGCACCGUGCUCGCCGCCAUCGCGGACUGCCGCACGCCGCUCACCUGGCUCAACGAUGUCAUCGACUCCUGCGCACAAUGCAUCUCCGUGCAGGAGUACACGCUGCAGUGCAUGGUGAACGCGCUGCAGUUGGCGCCGUCCGACGCGGAGACGACUAAGGAUUGGCUGCUGCAGCUCAUGGCGCGCUCGCAGAUCGCCUUCACAGAAACCGAGGAUGAGUCGGCGAAGCUGUACCUUUUCGACGUGUUCAUGCUGAGCGUGAUCAUGCUGAGCGGCGUCUGGACCCUCGAGCCGGAGGUGGGCCAAGUGACCGGCAGCCGCGCCGUGCGCCGCGCCCUGCUGCCCGCCGCACUCGCCGCGCUGCUCGCUAGAGACCAAUGGAGGAGUUGUUCGCUGCAGAUAUUGGAGUGGGUGUCGCACACGCGGACGGCGACCAGCGACGUGGCGACGGCGCAGUGCUGUCAGCGCGCGCUGCUCGCCCUCAGGCACACGGAGAACUUCGCCUCGCACAAGAUAUGGAUGAGAUUAGAGAGCCACUUCGCGAUGUCAAACGCUGUCAGUACGGAUGACUGAACACUGUUGUGAAUACCUUGUCUAUAUUAAAUAUAUACUAACUAUUAAA